CGCCCACUCCGGGACAGCACGAAGCCGGGGGGCUGCCAGUCGCAGGCCCGCUGCCACGUCUGCGGGCCGGGCUGUGGGUAACGGGGCUAACGGGCCCGGGGCGCUGAGGGGGGCGGCCAUGGCGGCCGUGCUGCGGGCCGUGCUGCUGGGCGCCGCCGUGCUGCGCUGCGCGGCCGCCGCCCUCAUCCCCCCGGCCGAGGUGGAGGUGGAGGUGCUGCAGAAGCCGUUCCUGUGCCGGCGGCGGAGCAAGUGGGGGGACCUGCUGCUGGUGCACUACGAGGGCUUCCUGCAGAGCGACGGCGCCAUGUUCCACUCCACUCACAAGCAUAACAAUGGUCAACCUAUGUGGUUUACACUUGGCAUAAGGGAAGCUAUCAAAGGCUGGGACAAAGGUUUGAAGGACAUGUGUGUGGGAGAGAAGCGGAAGCUAACUAUUCCACCAGCCCUUGCUUAUGGAAAAGAAGGGAAAGGAAAAAUUCCACCUGAGAGCACGCUGAUAUUCAACAUUGACCUUCUAGAAAUUAGGAAUGGACCAAGGUCUCAUGAGUCAUUCCAAGAAAUGGAUCUUAACGAUGACUGGAAACUAUCCAAGCAAGAGGUGAAAAUUUACUUGAAGAAAGAAUUUGAAAAACAUGGAGCGGUGGUAAAUGACACGCAGCAUGACGCUUUGGUUGAAGACAUAUUUGAUAAAGAGGAUGAAGACAGUGAUGGGUUUAUAUCUGCAAGGGAAUUCACGUACAAGCAUGAUGAGCUGUAAAAAAAAGAAAAGGAUGAUAUAAUUUUUUUGACACAAAUGGCAGUGACUUAGACUGUCUGGCUCUCUUGUCAUCUUGAUUCUAUGUUUUGGAAUUGACAGCUGCCGUUGGCAAAAAAAAACAAAAACAACACUUUGUAUCAAAAGAGAAUUUCUGUUUAUGUAAAAAUGAUUUAAACUAUUUGUAAGUAUGAAAGUGUACUUUUGUGCAGCAAAGAUUUGCACAAUCCAUGUUUUUAAAUUUUGUAUUAACUUAUUUUUCUUAGAAAUGAAACCAGGUUUCCGCUCUUCAAACAUUUUGAAAAUCAAAAUCCA